AUGUCCAGCAUUCUUUAUCUUACUUUGCAUUCGAAGCCUAACUGUUUACCCCAAAAAUACCAACAAUACGUUCUCCCGGCUGUACGUCGGGUUUACUUGGACACAACCCCAUACACGAACCUCCAGAAAAAGCUCAAACACGCCGAAAACCGGAACAAAGCUCUUAGAGAGAGCGAAGAGGAGCUCAUAAAACAAUGCGAGCGUUACCAAGCGGCAGCCUCUGCUCAUAGAAGGGGGGAAGCUAACGCCAUUGCGGAGCUCGACGACUUGCGAAACGAAUUUGAAGAGGCAGUUGGAGCUCUGGACAGGGAGAAAGAAGAACUUCAAGAUACGGUGGAAUCUUGCGAACGGGAGAAGGAGGAACUCGCUGAAACUAACGAAGAGCAGGAAUCUGAGAUUGAGCGUCUCAACGAAACGAUCAACACGCUAAGCUUGGAGAAGAACGAGACUCGUGCAAAGUACGAAAAUUUAAAACGUGAAUACAGGAAACUCAGGGCCCAAUAUCAACCUCGCAAUGACGAGGGUAGCUCACGUCUCGAACACUCCUUCGACAGGAGUGACGCCGUCCCGAGCCCACCUGUAUGGAGGCGUGUUAUACGUCCUCUUCCACGCACCAGCGUUGCCGCCAAGAUUUCCCGCUCUCCUAGUCCCCUACCCCAUUUCAACACAAAACGCCCGCGUCUGUCAGAUUCGACAAGGAUGAGACGCGAGUAA